GCUCAGCGGACUCCAGCCAGCUAAGAGUGCUAAUAGACGUGAAGCCUCGGGUCAUGGGUUUGGUCCUUAGCGUCUCUGCUGCCCUUAUUAUUCCCACCAAUCUGCUAGUUGCUGCUGCUCUGCUGAAGCUGCUCCUUAAGCGGGGAUGUCAGAGCUGGUGUUUCGUCCUUAACUUGGCUCUGGCUGACACUCUGGUAGGUGUAGCCAUCACCGGACUUGCUACAGAGGACUUCAGCAACAGUUUCACUCACCACCACUAUGCUCCCUUAGUGAUUUAUAAUUCCACGAACACAAGCCAACCUGCUCCACCGGGUAAGACUCGAUGUUUGCUGAGAAUGGCCUUUCUGACAUCUCCAUGCGUGGCAUCCAUCUCGUCUAUGUUCCUAAUCUCACUGGACCGUUACAUAGCCAUCAAGCUGCCUCUGCAUUACUCUCUGAUGUCUGGAAGAGGGAAGACGGUUGGAUUUUUAUUGGCUCUGUGGAUUGGCUCCUUCACGACCGGAUUUUUACCAGUGAUGGUGCACCAGCUGCAAGCGGUGGGACCCUACGAUGGCUUCUGCGCUUUCUUUAACGUCACCCAUGACAUCACCAUCAUCAUUCUGUACUGCGCGCUGUUCUUCCCCCUGCUCUCCCUCUUCAUCUUCAUGUACCUGGACAUCCUGAAGAUUGCCUGCAUCCACCACAAGCAGAUCUCCCAAAUAAGGCAAAUGAGCUCCAGAGCUGAGGACAGCCAUCAUGGACCAUCCCAGUACCACCAUCAUCCGCAGCAUCACCUGCUGAGGAGCUGGAGUCACGUUAAGGCCUUGAAGACGGUGCUGGUGCUUGUUGGCUGUUUCCUGGUGCUUUGGAGCCCUUUCUUUGUGGUGUGCAUUGUUCACCUUCUGUGUAGGAGGUGUGCUCUUAAGGAGGUGCUGGAGAACUACCUGUGGCUCCUGGGACUCCUCAACUCUCUGAUAAACCCUCUGGUGUACGCCUGCUGGCAGAGAGAGGUGCGCCUGCAGCUGUCAGCCAUGUUUUCCUGCAUCACCAGCAGGCUGCUGUCUGAAGCAGCCCCAAGUGUGAUGGAGAGAGGCCACUCGUCUCCGCCUGCGCACAAUCAUGCGUGUGUUUCUGAGGGAGACACCCCCAGCCCUUCAAUAAGGAUCCCAAUCAGCAGUCUGGAUGCUCAAGCUGUUCACUUCACUGACACCACCAGUUUGUGAAGAAAACUCUGGAAAGCACUAUCACUGAGAGUAACGCUGUGGUUAGCUUUCAACGAGCAAACAUAAUAUUAAAACUAUAAACUGUUGUGUUUGAACUUUGGAUCUAAAUGCCUUGCUUGUGUUUUUAUCUAAUGAGAAUUUGAACAUCAGAGUAGAUGUUAAAGUUUCAUUGAAGAUCAGCUCAGGAAGCAGCCAUUUCUGGGCAGAAGCAGCUGAGAGCAACUGGAGGAAUCUCCAGCAGGUAUGGCUCUGGCCUGAACAAGAAAAAAACUAACUAGAUCACCUCAGAGGUUUGGCUGCAAGAGGUCUUAGUAUUUCAAAGAAUAUAUUUUAUUUACCACCAGUCUUCAGGGUUGAUGUGGUAUAUAUGUUAGAAUGUUAGCUGGUACUAAAACUGUGGUAGUUUUUCUGUUAAAGUCGCAGGGAAAUCAUAUUUAAAUGUCAAAUCAUUCUGGCUUUAACAUGUAUAUAAAUGUUCUCUUUA